CAGAGGCCCCGGGGGCAAGGACAGGCGCGUGCCACUGCCCGGGACACCCUUCUGCCGGCAGGCUCCCUCUCUUACCGGCCGCUGCUCAGGAUGCCUCCUAAAACCGAUUGCUCGCCCCUGUCCUUCACCAGCGACCGGGGACAAUUCUCUCCUCUCUCCGAGGACGACAGCAGCUCAUUCGAGUGCAGCAGUGUGGUUCUGUCACCGGAGGGUACUCCGACUCCCCGCCUGGGCUCCGGGGACAAGGCCGGAGGUUUGCGCAGCCGGAAGGACGGGCAGGGCACCUCGGAGAGCAGGAGGAAGAAAACGAGGAGCCGCGCCAGGAUUAAGAGCGAGGCCUCGGCCAUCAGGCAGAGGAAGAACCGGCGCAUGAAAGCUAACGACCGGGAACGCAACCGCAUGCAUAACCUGAACGAUGCGCUGGACGCGCUCAGGUGCGUCCUGCCCACAUUCCCGGACGAUGCCAAGUUGACAAAAAUCGAAACGCUCCGCUUCGCCCACAACUACAUCUGGGCACUGACCGAAGCUCUGAGGAUGGCUGAGCAAGGGCGACAGGCUUACGCGCCGAACAGCAGAGGACCCUCCUUCGAGCUAGCCAGCUCCCCGGGCCUCUGCCCGCCCUCGCCCUCCUCCUCGGACUGGGAAUGCCCACACUCCGCCGAGUCUCUGAGCCCCCACAGCUCGGCAGACGAAAUGUUCGUGUCGGCGCAGCAGGAGCGCACGCACUCCCUGCACAGCCCUCCCUUCGCCGGCUUCGUUUGACUCUUCUCGUGAUAUCGUUGUGUAGUUACGCGCCGGCCUUUGGCGCGUCGAUUGUAGAAAAUACUGUUGCCCCCCUCGCCUCCUCCCGCGGGGCUGAGAGCGGCGCUGAAACCCGACUUGCCUUAUUGUCCCGGAGUAGUUGGCCUCCUGAUCAUUGCACUUUCCCCUGAAGUUAAGAAGCGAACUCAUCUGUAGAAUGUCACCGUGCGAUGUGGAGGAUGCUGCGGUCCCCCACGCCGCUAGAUUAGCAAAGAAUUGUGGAUUCUCUCCCGAAUGUGACUGAGAGGUGG